GCGUCGUUACGAGUACGAACGAGCUCAAAUGAACAUCGACGAAUACGUUCUAUUGAUGUAUUUAUUCAUUUAUCAAAGAAAAAACAGUCGGUGAGGUGCUCCGAAUAGCUCAGUGGCAAAGUAUUCGAGCGGAAAAUACAGUAUUUGAUUCCCAAAUCCCAAAAUGAAUUCUUUGACAGGAGAAAUAUUAAUGUAUGAUAGACAAUAUUACUCAAAAACAACAAUGUAAUUCGGCAGUAUAUCGCGAUACUGUGUUCUUUGGGAUAAAAAUAUCAAUAAUAAUAACAUUCAGAUAUCAAAUCUUAUCAUAAAUGGUGUUUCAUCUAGUUAGUGUGGAAACACAAUAGAUAGGAGACAAGCACUCGUUCGUGAUCGUUCAUGUUCGAUCAUUAUGGUUACGAGUUGAGGUUUCUCGGCUGUGGUAUUCACAAGACUUGAAUGAGACUCGUCGAAGACUCGUUUUAUGUACAUAUUAUUAAAUAAGGAUAAUUAUAUAUAUAUAUAUUGUAAAAAGUAUUAGUGAAAUAAUGGAGUGGCCAAACGAUAAAGCUUUAUUAUUUAUUAAUGAAAUUAAAAACCUGCCAGUUUUGUGGGAUUCUUCCGAUCCAUAUUAUAAAAUUAGUAGGAAAAAGAAUGAGACGUGGGAGGACCUUGCUAACAAAUUCGGCACAACGAUAGUGGAUGUUAAAAAGAAGUGGCUUUCAUUACAAGCAUCAUACAGAAGAGAAAGACUGAAGGUAAUUGAUUCUGAAAAAGGAAAAAAGAUAAAAUUGACAAAAUGGUUUGCAUAUCAUGCUAUGAUGUUCUUGGAAGAUCAUUACAAACCAAGAGGAUCAAGAAAUAAUUCCGAGACUUCUGAAGAGUAUCAACAACAAGAAGAGGAUAGCGAUCCUUUGGAUCUUGAAGACAUUAAUAAAAUGGAACUAACAUGUCCAAAAGUAGAAAAUACAUUACAUGAACCAGAGAGAAACUUACGAUUGCGUAAUAUAUCGUUUCGUAAAAAACAAUUGAAAGUAUUUCAUUCAAAAUUAAUUACUCCAAAAAAGAGAAAAAUUAAUGAGGAUAACAAGCCAAGUGAAAUGUAUAUUUUAAAGGCAAUCACGGAAAAAGAAUCUCAACGAGAUGAAACCGAGACUUAUGGUGAAUAUGUGGCACUGACUUUGAAGAAAUUAGAUAAUUAUUCACGUAUAAUGGCUAAACAUUAUAUUAAUGAGAUUUUAAUAGAAGCAGAAUUAGGGAAGUACAAAGAUUCAGUUCCUCAAAGAUCGUCUACACCUACGACCUAUUCCGCUAUUUCACCAUCGCUUUCUGCCUAUUCCUAUCAAUCUGGAGGUUCUAAUAACGUGGUUUCUUCGGAACCGAAUCUAUGAUCACCUGAUGAAUCAAUUGUAGUACAAAACAUCAUUUUGAUUAUUUUUAUUUUUUAGCUUCUUUAUUAAAUAUUUGGUUUCUUCAA